AUGGCAAAGGAAGAAUUAAAUAAUUUAAUUGAAGAAGAAUUUAAAAUAUGGAAAGUUAACAUUCCAUAUCUUUAUGAUCUGGUAUUUACAUCAGCAUUAGAGUGGCCCAGUCCAACCGUUCAAUGGUUCCCUGACUUACAAAGACAUACAAAUAAUACCGUUUCACAAAAAAUUCUUUUAACAACGUAUACCGGUGGUAGUGGAGAAGAAAAGUUAAUAAUUUCUAAUAUUAAAUUCCCUGACACUGUUAAAAAUGAGUCAUUAGUUAGUGGUAAUAUUUCACUUAACGUUCAACAAACAAUUCCUGUUUUUGAUAACGAAAUUAACAGAGCGAGGUUUUGUCCACAAUCUCCAAGUAUUGUGGCUUGUAAGACUGAAUCAGCUGAUUUAUUAAUUUAUGACACAUCUAAACACCCGUAUGAUGAUCCAGUUGGUAAACCAGACGGUGUUUUAAAAGGUCAUCAGGAUGGAGGAUAUGCUGUGAGUUGGAAUACAAAAGAAUUUGGAGAAUUAAUUAGUGGGGGUAGAGAUAAGAGAGUUUGUGUAUUUAAUAUUAAUAAUGGACUAGUUAAUACCUACAAUGAGAUUCAUUCAAGUAUUGUAAAUGAUUUGUGUUUCUCAUGUUUUAAUCCAAAAGUAUUUAUUUCUGGUGCAGAAGAUGGAUCAAUUAGAAUUGUUGAUAUGAGAAAUUCUGAACAUACUUCUUUAAUUAGUAGUGCACAUUCUGGAACAAUUGAGUGUGUUGAUUUUUCACCUUUUAAAGCUGAAUUAUUUGCUUCUGGAUCAUCAGAUAAGUCAAUAAAGAUUUGGGAUACUAGAAGUUUGAAAGAACCUUUAGUUACUCUUUGUGGACAUGUUGAUGAUGUUUUAAGUGUUAAAUGGUCACCUCAUUAUGAAUCAAUAUUAGGAACUUCUUCUAAAGAUAGAAGAGUUAAUAUUUGGGAUCUUAAUAAAUCUGAUGAACAGGUGGAAAAUGAGAGUCAAGAAUUACUUUUUAUUCACGGAGGUCAUACAAGUACUGUCGGUGAUUUUAGUUGGAAUCCUUGUGAGCCAAUGGAGAUAUGUUCAGUUGCAGAUGAUAAUAUUUUACAUGUUUGGAAAAUACCAGUUAAUGAUUAUAUUUAA